AUUGUCAACCCUUGAACCCAACACUAACACUGAGACUGCCCAAGUAUAAUGCCUGAUGUUCAGUUGAUUAUCUUUUGUUAUGAGAAGAGUUUUAUGAUGUAUCUCGGAGCAAUGGAAGUGUGAGAUCUUUGUUUCACUAGAGGCAGACACUACCCUUGUAUCAGUACUGCAGCUUACCUAGCACUAGAGUCUGGCAUUACUUUUUCAGUACAGUACUAAUACUGUAGAUGAUCCUUGCACUAUUGUCAUGCAAAUAUUGCAGGUCAUCAUGGCACCAGAAGAAUUACCUUUACAGUGCCCAUACUACAGCCCACCUUAGCACCAGUGUGCCAGUAUUGGCAUACUAGUGCCAAUACUGGCACUAGUGUGUUUACAUUUGUGCAGGUCAUUAUAUGAUAGUCCUGGAAUAAGGAAAGCCUUGUCAGCAGUAUAUAUACAAAAUCCUUGUAGUUCUUCACUUCCCUAUUCUCCACUGGCAAACUCACUCAGGGAAGUUUGUGUUUUUGAUGUAAAUUUGCUGGAAGCAGUCACCUAAAAAUUCACUCCUUUAGAUACAUGAUGAAUCCAGAUCAAUGUUCAAUGUUGCUGGAAGUCAAAAGUAAUAAUAUAGGAACAUCCACAGUAAAAAGCAAAGUUAAUAACAUUUUAAGAGAGCAAUGUGCUUCCACUACAGUUCAGGUGAAGACAGAGGGGAUUAUUAACAUCAAGGAACAGUCUUUGGAAAACACCGACAAGCUUGAUACUCAAGGCUCAGAGGAUCCUAACCAGCAAGAGUGCAGUAUAUGCCAGAAAGAAAUUGUCUCCUUAUGCAAGGUGUCGUUGUGUUCUCGCAUGGAUGAGAAACCAUAUGUAUGCUUCUGUGGAAAAUGGUUCAGUCGCUCCGAUGUACUCCACAUACACCAAAAAUUCAGACAUUUAUUGGAUGAUAAAGUGGUUCAGCAGGAAGUGCCUGCUGUGUCAGAACCCAAAGUUGAGCACAACCCAUUACCACAGGAGGCUCCGAUUGUGCCAGUACCCAAGGUUAAGAAACACAAACCAGUUCAGCUGAAAUCUAAGGGUAAGAAGCACAAAAUACUUAAGCAAGAAGUGUUGGUUGUGCCAAAAUCCAAAGUUGAACAUAAUUCAGCUCAGCAAAAAGUGCCAACUGUGUUAAAACAUGAAGUCAAGCACAAACUCACUCACCAGGAAGCACUGGCUCGGCCAAAAUCUAUAGUUAAAAUACACAAACCAAUUCAGCAGGAAGUACUGGCUGUGCCAAAAUUCAAAGCUCAGCACAGCCCAGUUCAGCAGGAAGUGAUAUCUGUGCCUAAAUUUAAGAUUAAGAAGCACAAACCAAUCAAGCAGGAAGUGCCAACUGUGCCAAAACCCAAAGUUAAGUGCAAAUUGGCUCAGCAAGAAGCACCAGCUGCAUCAAAACUCAAGGGUAAGAAACACAACCAGAUGGUAUCAGAUGGGAUUCACACUUGUGAGUAUUGUGGCAAGGUGUUUAAUGUUGGCUUUAAGCUCACUGUCCACCUGAGAUACCACACCGGAGAGAAGCCUCAUGUUUGUGAUUUUUGUGGUAAAGCUUUUGAAAGAAAGGACAAAAUGAGAAGCCACCAGAAAAUCCACACUAAGUGAUUUGUAUUAAACUGCUUGUGCCUUCAGUAUUAGGCAUUCAACUUUGAUUGCUGUGAGCACAUGCUCUUGCACUGAAUUGUAAUAAAACUAUUUGCUGCAAUUGCCAUUGAGGGGUAGGGCAUGAUUAGAAAUAUAUUUUUUUUAUUUCAUAUUUAAUAUAGGCAAAUAUUUAAAAAACCUUUGCUUUUUUAGAGUGCCUCAGUUUAAUAUUUCUGUUUCAUUCUGGAAAUGUUUUUGAAUAAAAGUUGGAAGGAAUCUAAUGCAGCGCCCAAAAAGUCUUUUCACAGCCAGUGUACAAUUUCUAAUCAAGCUUGCUAGAGCUCCAGUUUCCUAUAUCCUUUGCACUACUUUUUAAUGUUCCAAGUUUUUAUAGUACUGGUCCGCCAUCACAAAUCCGGCAUCGUUGGGACCUGUAGUGUGCCGGAUUAUUAAAUUUGCUGGAUUUUAGAGUAGUAAGGUUAGAAUACACUUAACCCUUUGACUGUUUCAUUCGUAUAUAUACGUCUUACGAGCCAAUGUGUUUGAUGUAUUACAGUGGACUCUCAGUUAACGACAUCAUCGGAUAACGUAAAAAUUGGAUAAUGACACGUUUUUGCGUCAAAAUAUUGGCUUGGCUAAUGACAAAGAACUCGGUUAAAGACAAUCGUCCUGAAUGUGUCCACGCGCCACGAGUGGCACUGACACUCCAUGCACAGCCAGUGUGCCAUUGUUUACAAGCCAGUGAGGAUGAUUCCAUGCAUACAUGUGAUACAUUUUGUAUUAUUCCAUUGUUUUUAGUGCUUGUAACUGCUAAAUAAGCCACCAUGGGCCCAAAGAAAGCUUCUAGUGCCAGCCCUUUGGUAAAGAGGGUGAGAAACACUAUAGAAUUCAAGGAAAAGUUUGUAGAAAGAUGUGAAAGU